AUGAAGAUUUUCCUGCUCACCUUCCUGCUAGCUUUCCUCCCAGGAAUCUCCACAAAAAGUCCCAUAUUUGGGCCUGAGGAGGUGAGUAGUGUGGAAGGUAACUCAGUGUCCAUCAAGUGCUACUACCCAUCCACUUCUGUCAACCGGCACACCCGAAAGUACUGGUGCCGAGUGGGAGCCAAUGGCCGCUGCACAACUCUCAUCUCCUCGGAGGGCUACAUCUCCACGGAGUAUGCGGGCAGAGCCAACCUCACCAACUUCCCCGAGAACGGCCAAUUUGUGGUGAACAUUGCCAAGCUCACUCAGGAUGACUCUGGAAACUACAAGUGUGGCCUCGGCAUAAAUAGCCGAGGCCUGUCCUUUGAUGUGAGCCUGGAGGUCAGCCAGGGCCCUGGGCUCCUAAAUGACAUACAUGUCUACACUGAGGACCUGGGCAGAACAGUGACCAUCGAGUGCCCUUUCAAUCCUAGCAAUGCUCAAAAUAAGAAAUCCUUGUGCAAGAAGACAGACAAGGAUUGCAAGCUUGUCAUUGACUCCACUGGGACUGUAAACCCCAGCUAUCAGAGCAGAACAGACCUCAUUAUUCAAGGUACCAGUCAAGAUAAGUUCAGCGUUAUCAUCAGUCACCUGAAGCUCAGUGAUGCUGGGCUGUAUGUCUGCCAGGCUGGGGAAGGAUCUACUGCUGAUCAGAAAAAUGUUGACCUCCAGGUGCUAGAGCCUGAGCCAGAGCUGGUUUAUGGAGACCUGAAGAGCUCUGUGACCUUCGACUGUUCCCUGGGCCUUGAUUUGGCCAAUAAAGACAAAUUUCUGUGCCGGGUGAACAAGCAGGAAACCUGUGAUGUGAUCAUCAAUACCCUGGGAGAGUGGGAUCCGGCCUUUGAGGGUAGGAUCUUGCUCAUCCCCAAGAAAGACAAUGACCGCUUCAGCGUGCUGAUCACUGGACUGAGGAAAGAGGAUGAAGGACGCUACCUGUGCAAAGUCAACUCUUCUGUUCUGCCGCAGGAAGAAUGGCCUGUCCAGGCUUGGCAACUCUUCGUCAAUGAGGAGACCACAAUGCCCCAAACUCCCUCUGUGGUGAAGGGUGUGGUAGGAGGCUCGGUGACCAUACUCUGCCCCUACAAUAAUAAGGACAGCAAUAGCGUCAAGUACUGGUGUCGCUGGGAAAAGUCUUCAAAUGGCCAGUGCCCACUGCUGGUGGAGAGCCAGGGUCUGGUUCAGGAACAGUAUGAGGGCAGGCUUGCGCUGUUUGAAGAGCCAGGCAAUGGUACCUACACAGUCAUCCUCAACCGGCUCACCACCCAGGAUGCCGGCUUCUACUGGUGUCUCACUAAUGGUGAUACUCGCUGGAGGACCACAACAGAGCUCAAGGUUGUUGAAGGAAAACCAAGCCUCAAGGUACCAAAGAGUGUGACUGUUGCACCAGGAGAGACUCUCAAGCUCUCUUGCCACUUCCCAUGCAAAUUCUACUCCUUUGAGAAAUACUGGUGCAAGUGGAGCAACAAGGGCUGCCAGGCUCUACCCAGCCAAGAUGAAGGUGCCAGCCAGGACUUUGUGAACUGUGACCAGAACAGCCGGAUCGUCUCCAUGACCUUGAACUCAGUUGACAAGGAGGAUGAGGGCUGGUACUGGUGUGGGGUGAAACAGGGCCAUAACUAUGGAGACACUGCAGCUGUCUAUGUGGCAGUUGAGACGUCAGCAGGUGCGUGGUCCCGGGAUGUUGCUCCAGAGAAUGCAAAUGCUGCUCCUGGGGAGGAAGUGGAAGAGUCCCGUGUCAGGGAACUUGAGAACAAAGCCAUUCUGAAUCCCAGGCUUUUUGCGGAAGAAACAGUGGUGAAGGAGGCAGGAGGCCAAUCCCAGGCAGGAGACCAAGCCCAGGAGGGCAGAGCAUCCGUAGGUGCUGGCAGCUCUGAGGGACAAAGCGGGAGCUCCCAUGUGCUGGUCUCCACCCUGGUGCCCCUGGGCCUGGUGCUGACAGUGGGCGCUGUGUCUGUGUGGGUGGCCAGAGUCCGGCACCGGAAGAAUGUGGACCGCAUUUCAAUUAGAAGCUACAGGACAGACAUCAGCAUGUCGGACUUCAACAACUCUGGGGAGUUUGGUGGCAAUGACAACUUGGGGGCCUCUCCAGUAGCUCUAGAGACAGUUCUUGAAGGAAAAUGUGAGCUGGAGACCACCACUGAAAGCAUCACAGACCCCAAGGAACCCAAGAAGGCAAAAAGGUCAUCCAAGGAGGAAGCUGACAUGGCCUACUCAGCUUUCCUGCUCCAGUCCAACAACAUCGCUGCUCAGGUCCAGGACGGUCCCCAGGAAGCCUAG